AUGGGCAAGCAUCAAGGACGAAAAAAAAUCACACAGGCAGCAAGUAGCGCGAAGGCUGUUGAAUUAUUGACUAACUCUGGGUAUACGGUGCCGCUCAUAACUUUUGGUGACUGCGAGCAGCUUACAGCAGCUUUACUAGAUCAACAUGUUGCUGAUGAUAAUUCACUUAAUCCAGCAAUUCAAGUCGCUCUAAAAAAAGUUAUGAAAAAAGAUGCGCAGACUCGUGAAAAGGGAGUGAAAGAAUUGAAGCAGGUUAUUGACGAGGUGGCAGUUGAAGAUGCUCUGAAAAGUUUUAAGCAUUUUGUUACUAUAUUCCCAAAAUUGUCUUUGGAUGGCUCAGUAAUGGUAAGAACAGGUGUUCUUCGUGCCUUAGAAAGUUAUAUUAAGAAGCUGCGUCGAAGCAGCGAACGAUAUCUGAAAAAAGUUCUUCCUUAUGUGUUGUUCUUGAUUCAUGAUAGUUAUUCACAAGUAGCAAACGAAUCGAAAAGCUUGACAGCGAAAUUCUUUCCUAAUGGAAAAUAUGAUAUUGUCAUGGAGCUCUGCAGAGAACCUUUGUGUGACAUGUCUUUCGAACUAAUCGAUGGCACGCAUCCAUUAUUACAUAAAGGAGAAGAAGAAGAAAUAGAAGUUCAGCGCUCUGUAAGACUAAUUUCUCAAAGCUUUCGGUGUCUUGAAUGGAUUGUUACUUCAAAUUCUCCUAAUAACCAACAAGUUUCAAAGAUUAUUCGCUUGUUUGAAGAUUCAUCACUGAAAAAAUUAUUGUCAAUGGAUCCAUUGAUUGUUAGUGGCGUAUUUGUCCUUGCAAAUAUUUUGAUGACUAAUAGUGAGGAACGAACAGCAGUAAUAAAAAGUAGUAUAACGAAAGGAGCAUUAGCACGUCUUGACCAUACUGAUAGAGGUGUUUGUCGAGCUGCCACACAUCUCCUACUCUCGAUGGCUAAUUCAAAAGAAUUAUCGAACUUUUUAAAUAUUGAUAAGGUUGUGACACCACGUAUAAUAUCACUGAUUCGAAAAAAAGGAGUUCACUGGAAUCACAUUUCUACAAGUUUGGUAUCAUUCAUUAAAUUUAUAUUCGAAGAAAAAACUAAAGACGAUGGUCAGGCAUUAUUAUUACGAUUACUAGAUUCAUUUCUGGAUGAAACUCCAUGGAAAUGCUCGAAUUCAAAAGUAAGUUGGGUCGACGCCUUUGUUGAUUUUAUCGAUUUUGGAGUUUCAUGGGCUUUAGGUCACUGUGGCAAUGAUCUCGAUAUUGUUGAAAAAAUCAUUUCAAAGAUAUGGAUUCCAAUGAAGCACAUAUUGAGUUGGAAUGAAAAAUCACAAAACAAAAAAAUGGCAAAUACAUUAGUUUCUACCAUAAAUAAAUGUGGCUCAUAUCCACCCAUUAAACUUCAGCUUUGCACUCAAAUUGAAGAAUUCUUCUUGAAUGAUUUACCUUUAUCAGAACAACUCAUUGAAGAGUUUUUCUGUGAUCAAAUCAAGCCAUCGUGGCUGAAAUGCAUCGAGAAAUUGAUUGAAAAUUCCCUCAGUAGUCAAAGAAUAAUCUAUUAUUUACUGGAAAAGUGUGAUGAUGACAUGUUAAGAAGAAUAAAUUCUCCAGUUCAUAUUUGUCAAGCUCUUUCAAGUAAGAUAAACUGGGAAAAAAGUGAAGAUGAAGCAUUGCUUUUGCUAAUGUUGCUGAUGAAAUUAACAAUUAUCUUUGGACAACAAAUCACGGAUUUUUAUAAGUUGGAUGAUGAAUUAGCAUCAGUAAGAUUUCUGCUUGCUUUUGGAUUGCUGGAUAAAGUCAAGUAUUCUUCAAGCCAGUUCCUGAGUUAUGAUCAAGUUCUCACAAAAGCAAUGAGAUUUUGCAUUCGGCAAGUAGAUACAAAGCGUUGGUCUGCUGUGCUGGAUAUUGCUCCUCUAUUUUUCAAUUUCGAAGCUGUUUUAGAACAGGCUUGUUAUUUGAAAUUAUUUUGUAUUCAUAAAAAUUUUGUUACCAGUGAUCCGUGGUUAGACUUGUCGAGUAUAAGAAAUAUCCGGAUGCACUUUAAGAUUGAAUAUCAUUUAGCACAGAACCAUAUGACAACAUCAUGUGUAGUUAUUUUCUCUGUUGAAGAUAAUUUCGUUCAGAUUUCUGAACAUAUGCGGAACAACCUUACUACUAUUAUCACCGAAAAUUUUUUCAAGUCAGAAUUAUCUCCAGGUUUGAAUUCGAGAUCUAUAGAAGACAUUCAAUAUUCAAUGGAAGGAUUGGUUUCUUCUGAUGUUGAUAUGAAAUUGAUUGCAGAAAUUGUUUCUGAUAAACUCUCAGUUAAUCUUCCUCAGCCGGAUUAUUUGGCUAUUGAAGCUGCCACAGCUGUAGCGAAUUUAUUGCCGUUAUCAUCUUUAGUUCAUUUUAUUAUCACCUGUGAGGAUCUACUUCAUAAGUUCGCUACUCUCGACGAAACGUAUGUCCUAGAAAUAUUGGAUAUGAAUGAGUGCCUCUCUUCUCCAGUGGCAUUCAAAUUGUUAAUAGAUAAAAGUCAACAAGAUGAUGAUUUUAUUCUGUCAUCACAUCUCACCUAUGCCGUGUUUAUGUCAAAUUAUUUGGAGAAACUGUUUGAAGAAAAUAUCGGAAAUUGCUUACCGACAUAUCUUUAUGCUAUUGUUGUUUUUUCGUUACUUUCUCUCAAUACUAUCAACAAUGAGAACUUUUCUGACUUAUACGAAACUCUGGAUGAUUUUGUUAAUCAAAAAAUCAUGGGAAAUGAUGAGCUGAGGGAAAGCCUCUUGAUAGAGUGUUUAUCACUAAUUUCAAGGGGGAAUGAGUCUUUGUGUCUUUUUCUUGCAUUGCGAAUAUUAGCUGAUAAUUUCCAUGCAGAAAAAAUUGGAACAGUUCUUAAUGAUUUCAUAAGAAAUUUCAGUUGCACUGUGUUAACCUUUUGCAUUGCAGCUUUUCGUUUCCGAGGUCUUCAAGGUACAAGAACACAGCCCGAACACCAUUGUUUUGAGCUUUCUUCUAUGCAAUACUGGACAGGAGUUUUUGAAAUGACUACCUCUAACAUAUCGAUGAAUCCAUGUGAGAGGAAAGAAGAUGAAGAACAGAAUGUGUUUAAUUGCUCCCUGCUUCGUUUCCUCUUACAUUGUUGUUCAUUUUUACAAACAAUGGAUGCUCGGUUACGAGACUUUCUUUGUUGUGGAUUAAUAACUGCACUUGAGAGUGCUAAUAAACUAUGGGGUAAAUGCCACUCACGAUCUUAUUUACUGUUUGUUGGCAUGUUAGUGAAGUUAUUUUGUAAAUGUUCUCGAAUGGUCAAUGAACUUAGAAAUGAUAUUGAAUUUGCUACAUUCACUGAGGAGUGGUAUCGCUUUUAUAGUCCCAUUGCUAUGAGAAUUUUAUUUGUCUGGUUUUUGGAACUUUCUUCUCUUCAAAACGAUUCUCAUUCUUUGGUUUUUCAAAACGCUUUAUGUUUAUCGCUUAAUUGUGUGCCUGAAGAAUUGGUUACAAGUGCCAUGUUACCACCUCUUUUUGACGCUGAAUUGGAUUUUUUGAAGUACGAUGCGCAUUUGCAAUCACUUGUGGUUCCUCUUCAGACCUUAAUUUGUUCUAAUUUACCAAAUGUGCAAAUUGUUUCUCUGAAAAUUAUGAAACUCAUAACAGGAAAAAUGUUGAAAAUUGAAAAUGUGAACGAUGAAGAGGAUGAUUUUGAUGAAAAGCUGCCAUCUUCCCAACAUGAAAAACAGCUGCCGGUUCUUUUCAAGAGAAUUUUAAGUGAUACUGCAGUAAAUAAUUGCGUUUUACCACCGAAAUUUCUUGUUUGGGAUGCUUUUAUCAACUCACUGAGCCAGUUUGACUUAUCCGAAAGAGUCGCAUUUUAUACUAAUUUUGAUCCAGUGGAAGUUGUGGAUAUUACUAUUCCUGAUUAUCAGGAAAAGAUGAAAUUUUUGUUGCAACAGUAUGCACAUACUUUAUUCUAUAACACAUGCAAACUUUUACCAGCUGUUGUGCGACAGUGGUAUAUGAAAUUACCUCGCUUUGUUGCUACUCUUGUUAGCUCAUUUGUCACGAAGUCAAUUACUCCAAGGAUUUGGAAAGCAGAAUGUGAUCGUUUUGCAUCUCAUAAGAUGCCUAAAAAAUUAAAGGUACGAUUGUUACGAGCAGCUCGACAGAUUGUUGCACAGUAUAAUUUGGAAGAAUCGAAAAUGACUCUCACGAUUGAGUAUCCUGCAGAUUACCCACUUAGUAUUCCUGUAAUUGAGGAUGAAAAAAAUGUUGUAUGUCUGGAAAAAAGGAGAAAGUGGCUUUUACAGCUAACAAUGUUUCUCAGUCAACAGAAUGGUACAAUUGUAGAUGGAGUUUUACUAUGGGCCGGUAACAUUGAGAAACAUAUAGAAGGUGCUGAAGAUUGUAUUAUUUGUUUGAUGACCGUUCAUACCAGAACAUAUCAGUUACCCCGUGUACGCUGCAAGCAGUGUAAAAAACUAUUUCAUUCCGAUUGUCUGUAUAAAUGGUUCGAUUCAAGCCGUCAGUCUACAUGUCCUUUGUGCAGAGCUCCAUUUCAAUAG